AUGGAAGAGGGCGUCAUGUCUGACCCGGAGGGUCGCUUCUUGUUCCUCAAAGGGAAGAUAACAGACACGUCAUACACUUUUGCCAACGUUUAUGCCCCCAACCAGGGACAAUAUAGGUUUCUAGCCAGGACACUUCGCACCCUCAAGCGUUUCGCGGAGAGGGUCGUGGUACUGGGGGGGGACAUAACCCUAAUACCAAAAGAGGGAAAGGAACAGUGUGGGAACUAUCGAACCAUAUACCGCAUAAACACCAACCUCAAACUCCUGGAUAAGGUCCUGGUGACCCAGCUCCAACUGCACAUUCCAUCCUUGGUCCACGAGGACCAG